AUGUCGUCUUCGAAUACACGGCCGCCAGCCCGUCGAGGGCCUUCGGGCGCAUGGGGUCGACUCCGCCAACCACAAAUCGAUCCUCUCGAAGUCUAUGGUCUGCCUUCAAAAGGCGAGACGAGAUUGGCAGAUCUCAAGACACAAGAGACAUACUUCGAACGCAUCGUCGCCCGCUACAUGAAAUUCUGCGCUUCCCAUCCCAGCGGCGAAACCCUCGAAGCCGCCUUCCACAACCUCGACAUCAACUCUUCUAUCACGACUCCCACAUCAGCACCGCCCAGUAUAGCAAAACCUCCCGCCACACAAGAGCCCCCACAAGAGAUGGCCCUCAUCCUCAUGGCCAUGCGAAAGCUUCGCGAAGCACUCGUAUCCUGCCAUCGUGUUGAUGCAUUCGCCCAAAGAGUCUACACCUUCCAGAUCCGCGCCGCCAUCCUCUGCAAACAUCUAGAGACCUAUCAUCCCGCAUUGCAGUAUCUGCUCUACAAGAUCCAUCCACGGACACCAUUAUCGCGACCUGAGUUGCAAGAGUUUGCAAGUUAUCUGAUCUUAGAUCUUGCGUGUAGGCAAGGUGAAUUCGUAGACGCGUAUCGCUUGAGGAAAGGAUAUGGAAUCAGAGAUCGCAAAGUGGAUGCUGUGUUGAAGGCAUUGGUCCAUGAUGAUUGGGUGUUGUUUUGGCGGACGAGGAGGGCAGUCGAUGGCUAUCAAAGGUGUUUGAUGAGUUGGGCUGAAGAUGGUAUGAGGUUGCACGCGUUGAAGUGUUUGGGCAGGAGUUAUAUGAUGGUGGACAAGUCAUUUGUGGAGAGGAGUGCUGAGAGAAGUUGGGAUGAAUUGGUCGAGAGGGACAAGGUCGGAUGGAUCUUGAGGGAGGAUGGCGUCGUGGUCAUUAGGAAACCCAAAGGGACAAGGUCGGAUGGAUCUUGA